AUGGAGACCCAGAUGGCCAGCCUCUCGCUGGGACGGUGUUCGUUGUGGCUCCUGCUGCUGGGACUAUUGCUGCCCUCGGCCAGCGCCCAGGCCCUCAGCUACAGGGAGGCCGUGCUUCGUGCUGUGGGUCAGCUCAAUGAGAAGUCCUCAGAAGUUAAUCUCUACCGCCUCCUGGAGCUAGACCCGCCUCCCAAGGAUGCGGAGGACCAGGGAGCUCGAAAGCCUGUGAGCUUCAGGGUGAAGGAGACUGUGUGCCCCAGGACGAGCCAGCAGCCCCCGGAGCAGUGUGACUUCAAGGAGAAUGGGCUGGUGAAACAGUGUGUGGGGACAGUCAGCCUGGACACGUCCAAUGAUGAGUUUGACCUAAACUGUAAUGAGCUUCAGAGUGUGAGGAGACUUCGUCCCCGGCGCCCACGUUUGCCAAGGCCAAGGCCAAGGCCAAGGCCAAGGCCAAGGUCAUUGCCAUUACCACGGCCACAGCCAAGGCCAAUACCAUUACCUUGGCGACCUCCAAGGCCAAUUCCAAGGCCACAGCCACGGCCAAUUCCAAGGUGGGUGUGAUAAUCAUUGGGAAGGCCAACAUCAAGGUUAGCACUGCGGCCAAGACCAGCGCCAAGCCCACAUCCAUUCCUGCUGACAUCUCCCAUUCCAAGGUUUCCUGGAAAACAGCGAAGGAUUAGGUGACAUCACACC